AGAAAAAGUGGGAAGUGGGGAAGGGAAAAAAAGGUGAUAAAUGUCAAAUUUUUCAAGGCUGUUCUGUGAUGAUUCCAUUUUUUUAGCAACGUGAUAACGAUUGCAACAAAUAGUCAAGUUUUCGACACUCACUACUAUUCGAAAAUUUGUUUUUUAAUGUGAAAUUUGUGUGGACGCGGUGAUUCGGCGCCGCUUCUAACCAAAAGUUAAACAACAAAGGUUUUGUGAAGUAAAGAUGGGUUAUUAUUGCACCGUUCCACAAUGCACUUCGCUCGCCGGCAAGACGAAAAACGUAAAAUUCCACAGAUUUCCCCGCGACGUUACCAUGGCCAACAAAUGGAAUUUGAUUCUGAAACGAGGGAAACCGUAUACAAAAUAUUCAAAAGUGUGCAGUCUUCAUUUUACUCAAGCUGAUUACAACGUCACUACUAUGGGGCAAUGGAAAACUUUGAGCAAGGACGCUGUACCGUCGCAGAAUCUACCCAAGUUAGAUGCCGACGGUAACGUCAUGGUGAUCAGGAAAAGUCGCACCGUUAAAUACAGGGAUGGAAGGAAGGAGGAGAGCUGUGGGAAGACAGAUAGUAAGUGGAUGAUGCAGAAUCAACAGGCUUUACCAUUGACGGUUGCGUCAGAAGUUCCAGGCAGUAUACCAGAAGUGCAAGAUGCCAAUCUUGCAUAUCGCCUUCAGACACUAAGUGCUAUUGCCAGCGCGAUAUCUCCACAAAGCCAAACACUCCCUCUCACACAUUUGAAGCCAAAAAAGCAGGAUGCCAUCAUGCAAACAGAUCCCGAGCAAUCGGAAGAGGACGACUCUCAAAACACUACUUACGAUACCGAAAAACCGUUUACGGAUGAACAAUAUCCGAUCCAACAGUAUCCGAAAGAGGACAGCGCCAAAAGUUAUGACACACCAAAAGAUUACACCAAAUCAGAAGAAGACUACAUACCUCAAACCAACGAGGAGUAUAAUAACGAGGCAGAGAAAUACGCAUUGGAACGAAAAUCCCUCAACGGAUAUGAGAAAGUAUCCGAAGUGUAUACGAACCCGAAAAUAGCGCCCGUAGAUUAUCAAAAGGUAGACAUGUAUGCGUUCAACGAUAAAUAUCCGAAUCGAACGGAUACUUGGUAUUCGAAUGGGUACCCAGACAGUGUCGAGAUGUUGAGGAACCAACAACACAAUCUGCAAAUGUUACAGGAGCAACAUAGGAUUAAUGAGAAUCAAAAUUUUUUUAAUGAAAAUCAUAUAAAACAAGAGAUAGAUAUAAAUAACGAUGAGGAGACAUUUAUGUAUGAACGUCAGAAAAAUGCAUUAGAUGCGAACACACUAAUAAGUAGAUACGAAGAUGGAAAGAGGCAACACCAGCAGCGGGCUCCUGAACUCCAUCAUCACGUUAAACAGGAACCUGAUGGAAGCGAUGCGCAUUCGGCGCCAGCAGGCUGUGAUAGUGUAUUACAACCACAAGGAAGUCCAUACUACGCAGGCAAUGGACAAGAUAAUGUAACAAGUGGUUACUACGAACAGUUGCAUAGACCGGGUCCUGAAUUAUUAAUAGCCAAACAGAACGCACUGGCUGCGCACACGCAACUAUGGCAAAAUACUAUGAAGAGACCGUUUUUUUACAGUGAAAAUCCGCAUUAUACUAGCCCGCCAUUACUGCAUAGAUAUGAGGAUCUAUCGAGAAUCCUUCAGUGACGAGAAACAUUCCAAAAUUGAAGAUAUUAAUAUAUAUAUGUGUUUAGAGAUAAACAAUUGUCGUAAUUGACGAAAAUCUCUCAGUUUUCUUAUUGUAUGUAAUAUAUUUAUAAAGUAUAUUUUUUUAUCGGUGCAUGGAAAAUGUUUCACAGCCCUGAUGUUCUUAGUUCCCAUUUUUAUUACAAAAUUUUCAAAGUGCAGUACUAAAAUUUUACUACUUAUAAAUCGUGUUAUGAAUAUUAGAUUUAUUCUAAGCAUAUAUAAAUAACCAGAAAAAAGAAGCGUUAUUUUAAAUUUUUAUAAAAUAUGGGCUUUAUAUAUAGAAAAUGGUGCUUAUAGAAAAUAAAAUCUGUUUAAAAAAGAUUUUAGAGUUAUUUUUUAUAAUUUUAAUAGAUUUAUUCUUUAUCUUUCUUUGGUGCAUUAUAUAUUUUUUAUUUGGGAUUUUAUACUUUAGUUAAUACGUGUUUAGCGUUUAAAUAAGAUUUCUAUAAUUUUAGAUUUUUAUUAAUCAGUGACAGUCAUAUUUUGUACCUACUAUUAUGAGUAAUAUAGUAGUUAUUUUUGUAAAUUAUUUUUUAAAAGGAAUAAUUAGUAACACUUUUUUGUUGAAACUUAAUUAAUUUUCAAAAUUUUAUUAAAACAACAUGACUUAAAACAGUAACAGCAAUUUAAAAAAAACAGAUCACUUAUAUCAGUCAUGUCAAAGUUACGGCCCAUGAUCACAAUAUAUCACAAAAUUGUUUUUUCAGGAUUUAACUGCGAUUUUUCCACGGUUUUUUUUUUAUUAAAGCACCUAACCGCCUACGCAUUCUAAAUCUAAUGUAAAUAAAGUGAAUUUGAGUUUGAUACCCCUGAUUUAGAUAGUGAAAGGGCAUAAAAGAUUCGUACUUUGUUUUCUUCUCAUUGUCAUUUACGAGCUUUCGCCUUUAUAAAAUUAGUAAGAAUAUAGUUCUGAAUUUUAUAUAUAUAUUACAUUUUAAAGAUAUUUACAUAUGACUAUUGUAAGAAAUAUUAUUUUUAUAUUUUAUUUAACUGUUUUUUUUUUUCAUCGGUAGCGGUAAAACAUUUUUCCAUGUGUUCGAUGUUGCCAGCGGCAAUAUUAUAGAAUUUACAAUGUACAAACUUAAAAGUUUUUUUUUUAUAUAGGUACUUUGUCAAUUGUAAAAAAUAAGUAUACAUAUUUGACAGAUUAUCACUUUUACAAUAAAGGUCGAAGCAGACUACUGGCACAGCUCCAGCAAUUAACUUGCCAUUUAAAUUUGAUAAUUAAAUCGUAUGUCAUAUAAUACAAUUCAUAAAGUCAAUACAUAUAUAAUACAUUUGAUAAAGUCAAUAUUAGAAAAAAAAACUUUGCAGCUGCCAUUGACUUUUUAAUUGACGUUUUUAAAUAUAUUAUAUGACAUACAAUUUGAUGAUCAACUUUAAAUGAUAGUAAAUCGCCGAGGAGCGGCGCGAGUGUGCUAUGAACUUUACCAUACAUGUUU